AUGGCAACAACAGCAGCUGACAUCCAAACAACUGCCACCGUAACGACAGCAACGGCUACAAUGAGGCCCAGGCUCAUCGCAAGGCCGUUCGACGCGGACAAACCCGCGCUAUGGUUCGCGCAGCUGGAGACACAGUUCGCUGACCUGGGAUACGUCAUCGAGUCAGAUAAGUACAACAAAACGGUACCGCUGAUCGACACUGCUUACGCCGCAGAAGUCGAACAUUUAAUUGUCUCCAGACCUGUAACAAAUCCAUACCAAACAUUAAAAAACGAACUAAUCAGAUGUUUCACAAAAUCCAGGACUGCGAACAUCAUCCAAUUGCUCGACAGGGAGAGCAUUGGUGAUCGAACGCCAUCGAAGCAACUGAGACAUUUAAGAAGUCUUGUUCCAGGCAUUGACGACGAGGUCCUAAAAACGCGCUGGUUGUCUCAUCUCCCCGAGCAAACGCGAGCUACACUCGCUACCCAGGAGAACGCUUCCAUUGAUGAUUUCGCGAAGCUAGCAGACAGGGUGCACGAGAUAUUUCACCCAAACAGCGUCGCAGCCAUCACCACCUCAGCAGACAACGCGAUCAACGCAGCACUCCUCGAGCGAAUCGAACAGCUGACGGCAACUGUCGCAGAGUUACGAGUGAAAAACUCACGCUCGCUAUCACGCACACGUUCAGAGUACUCACAUGGGCAGCGCAACAACUCACGCCGACGUUCCAGCUCCAGGAAAGUAUUAAAGAAANCCUUUUGUAUAUAUUCGAAACGUCUUGAUUAA